UUCACCCUUCUUAAAAUCCAGGAGUAAAAUCAGUCCAGUGGAACUGUGUAGAGGAAUCCAAGAACAUUUGGUGUUAAAAUUAACUUAUUUAAAUCAUUUGGUGGGCAUGCAAAUGAGAAUUACCUUUUUCAUUGCACUGGAAGAAAUGUUUUACUCAUUGACUCAGCACAUUAUAACCGAGGGCAUAUUUAACGUGCUAACUGCUUUAUAGUUAAAAAGAUGCCACGAUGGAUGUACCCGACGGUCAAGGGGGUCGGGAAGGAGUGGACGUGGGAACCUUGUUGGGUGUCCAGGUGCCUGUGAAGCAGCAGCAGGACAUGUGAGGGGACCACGGUCUGAAUCUCAGGCUCCGGAGGUUGCCGGUGGCUUUGAGUGUGGAUCUGGAAAUAGUGUAUUCCUACUUGCAUGGUAUGGAAGCCUUAUCGAACCUGCGGGAGCAUCAGCUGAGAUUGAUGUGUGAAACUGUGAGAUACGAAAGACAUGAAGCAAAUGAAGUUUUGUACUACCCUGAUGAUAUUGGGACCUGCUGGUAUAUCCUACUCUCUGGUUCCGUGUUCAUUAAGGAGUCCAUGUUUCUUCCACGCAGCAGUUUCGGCAAGCGUUCUGCAGGAAGCUUUAGGCGUGGCUGUGAAUGCAUUGUUCUCGAACCUUCUGAAAUGAUUGUGGUAGACUAUAUGGAUGAAAAUGAAGAAUAUUUCCAGCGUCAAGCUUCUCAUCGACAGUCUCGAAGGAGAUUCAGAAAAAUCAACCAGAAAGGCGAAAGACAAACAAUUAUCGACACUGUGGACCCUUACCCUGUGGGGAAACCACCUUUGCCGAGAGGCUAUCACACGGAAUGCACUAAAUCCCAGCUCCCUGCAGACUUCACAAAGCUGCACCUCACUGAUAGUCUUCACCCGCAGGUGACCCACGUCUCUUCCAGCCACUCAGGAUGUAGUAUCACCAGUGACUCCGGAAGCAGCAGCCUUUCUGACAUCUACCAGGCCACGGAAAGUGAGGCUGGUGAUAUGGACCUGAGUGGGUUGCCAGAGACCGCUGUGGACUCUGAGGACGAUGACGAUGAAGAGGACAUCGAGAGGGCCUCAGACCCACUGAUGAGCAGGGACAUUGUGAGGGACUGCCUGGAGAAGGACCCCAUUGACAGGACGGAUGACGACAUUGAACAACUCUUGGAAUUCAUGCACCAGCUGCCCGCUUUUGCCAACAUGACCAUGUCGGUGAGACGGGAGCUGUGCGCCGUGAUGGUGUUCGCGGUGGUGGAGAGAGCGGGGACCAUCGUUCUCAAUGACGGCGAAGAGCUGGACUCCUGGUCAGUGAUUCUGAACGGUUCUGUGGAAGUGACUUAUCCUGACGGAAAAGCGGAAAUACUGUGUAUGGGGAAUAGUUUUGGUGUCUCUCCCACCAUGGACAAAGAAUACAUGAAAGGAGUGAUGAGGACCAAGGUGGAUGACUGCCAGUUUGUCUGCAUAGCCCAGCAAGAUUACUGCCGCAUUCUCAACCAGGUAGAAAAGAAUAUGCAGAAAGUUGAAGAGGAAGGAGAAAUUGUCAUGGUCAAAGAACACCGGGAGCUUGACCGCACUGGGACGAGGAAGGGACACAUCGUCAUCAAGGGCACCUCAGAAAGACUGACGAUGCACUUGGUGGAAGAGCAUUCGGUGGUGGACCCGACGUUCAUAGAAGACUUCCUCCUGACCUACAGGACUUUCCUCUCCAGCCCAAUGGAAGUGGGCAAAAAGUUACUGGAGUGGUUUAACGACCCGAGCCUCAGGGACAAGGUUACACGGGUAGUAUUAUUGUGGGUGAAUAAUCACUUCAAUGACUUUGAAGGGGAUCCUGCGAUGACUCGAUUUCUAGAGGAAUUUGAAAAUAAUCUGGAAAGAGAGAAAAUGGGCGGCCAUCUAAGGCUGUUAAACAUCGCGUGUGCCGCCAAAGCCAAAAGAAGGCUGAUGACGCUGACCAAGCCGUCCCGAGAAGCCCCGCUGCCGUUCAUCCUGCUGGGAGGCUCUGAGAAAGGCUUCGGAAUCUUUGUUGACAGUGUGGAUUCGAGCAGCAGGGCAACCGAAGCGGGCUUGAAACGAGGGGACCAGAUACUAGAAGUAAAUGGUCAAAACUUUGAAAAUAUUCAGCUGUCAAAAGCCAUGGAAAUUCUUAGAAAUAACACACACUUAUCUAUCACUGUGAAAACGAAUUUAUUUGUAUUUAAAGAACUUCUCACAAGAUUGUCAGAAGAGAAGAGGAACGGCGCCCCUCACCUCCCUAAAAUUGGAGACAUCAAAAAGGCCAGCCGCUACUCCAUCCCCGACCUCGCCGUGGAUGUGGAGCAGGUGAUAGGACUGGAGAAAGUGAAUAAAAAAAGUAAAGCCAACACCGUCGGGGGAAGGAACAAGCUAAAAAAGAUACUUGACAAGACCCGGAUUAGCAUCCUGCCCCAGAAACCGUAUAACGAUAUUGGGAUCGGUCAGUCUCAGGAUGACAGCAUAGUGGGACUGAGGCAGACAAAGCACAUCCCAGCCGCUCUGCCCGUCAGCGGGACCCUGUCGUCCAGUAACCCUGACCUGCUGCAGUCCCACCACCGCAUCCUGGACUUCAGCACCACUCCAGACCUGCCAGAUCAAGUGCUGAGGGUGUUCAAGGCCGACCAGCAAAGCCGGUACCUCAUGAUCAGCAAGGACACCACGGCGAAGGAGGUGGUGGUGCAGGCCAUCCGGGAGUUCGCAGUGACCGCCACCCCGGACCAGUACUCGCUCUGUGAGGUCUCCGUCACCCCCGAGGGGGUCAUCAAGCAGCGCAGACUCCCAGACCAGCUCUCCAAACUUGCUGACAGAAUACAGCUGAGUGGAAGGUACUACUUGAAAAACAACAUGGAGACAGAAACGCUGUGUUCAGAUGAAGACGCCCAGGAGCUGCUGAGGGAGAGUCAGAUCUCACUGCUGCAGCUCAGUACUGUGGAAGUGGCCACGCAGCUCUCCAUGCGGAAUUUUGAGCUCUUCCGCAAUAUCGAGCCUACUGAGUACAUCGACGAUUUAUUUAAGCUCAGGUCCAAAACCAGCUGUGCCAACCUGAAGAAAUUUGAAGAAGUCAUUAACCAGGAAACGUUCUGGGUGGCAUCUGAAAUUCUGCGAGAGACGAACCAGCUGAAAAGGAUGAAGAUCAUUAAGCAUUUCAUCAAGAUAGCGCUGCACUGCAGGGAGUGCAAGAAUUUCAACUCGAUGUUUGCCAUCAUCAGCGGCCUAAACCUGGCACCAGUGGCAAGACUGCGAACUACGUGGGAAAAACUUCCCAACAAGUACGAAAAGCUGUUUCAGGAUCUCCAAGACCUGUUUGAUCCUUCCAGAAACAUGGCGAAAUACCGCAAUGUCCUCAACAGCCAAAAUCUCCAACCUCCCAUCAUCCCCCUGUUCCCAGUGAUCAAGAAGGAUCUGACCUUCCUUCACGAAGGAAACGACUCAAAGGUCGAGGGGCUGGUCAAUUUUGAGAAGCUCAGAAUGAUUGCAAAAGAGAUCCGUCACGUGGGCCGCAUGGCCUCGGUUAACAUGGAUCCCGCCCUCAUGUUCAGGACCCGGAAGAAGAAAUGGAGGAGUCUGGGGUCCCUGAGCCAGGGCAGCACGAGUGCGGCGGUGCUGGACGUGGCUCCGACCGGCGGCCACAAAAAGCGGGUGCGCCGCAGCUCCUUCCUCAACGCCAAGAAGCUGUACGAGGACGCCCAGAUGGCUCGGAAAGUGAAGCAGUACCUGUCCGAUCUGGAGCUGGACAUGGACGAGGAGAGUCUUCAGACGCUGUCCCUGCAGUGCGAGCCGGCCACCAGCACGUUGCCUAAGAAUCCUGGUGACAAAAAGCCCGUCAAAUCUGAGACCUCCCCAGUGGCUCCGAGGGCCGGGUCGCAGCAGAAGGUGCAGCCCCAGCCCCAGCCCCCGCCACCGCAGCCGCCACAGAAGAUCAGCCAAGGCCUGCAGGUCCCCGCCGUGUCCCUUUACCCUUCUCGAAAGAAAGUUCCCGUGAAGGAUCUCCCACCUUUCGGCAUCAACUCUCCACAAGCUUUAAAGAAAAUCCUUUCUUUGUCUGAAGAAGGGAGUCUGGAACGCCACAGGAAACCAGCAGAAGACACAAUCUCAAACGCGUCUUCCCAGCUGUCCUCUCCCCCCACUUCUCCACAGAGUUCUCCGAGGAAAGGCUACACCCUGGCUCCCAGCGGCACUGUGGACAACUUCUCGGAUUCCGGGCACAGCGAAAUCUCUUCGCGAUCCAGCAUUGUCAGCAACUCCUCCUUUGACUCGGUGCCUGCCUCGCUGCAGGAGGAGAGGCGGCAGAGGCACUCGGUCAGCAUCGUGGAGAGCGGCCUGGGCGUGGGCCGGGCGGAGCGGCGGCCAGCAGUGGAACCGGACCAGUUCAGCCUGGGGUCCUAUGCCCCACUGUCAGAGGGCCGGGGCUUGUAUGCCGCGGCCACAGUGAUCUCUUCUCCCAGCACCGAGGAGCUCUCCCAGGACCAGGGGGACCGGGCGUCACUGGACGCAGCCGACAGCGGCCGAGGGAGCUGGACAUCGUGCUCGAGUGGCUCCCACGACAACAUCCAGACCAUCCAGCACCAGAGGAGCUGGGAGACGCUCCCGUUUGGACACCCUCACUUUGACUAUUCUGGGGAUGCUGCAGGUCUCUGGGGCACGAGCAGCCAUAUGGACCAAAUCAUGUUUUCUGAUCACAGCACAAAGUACAGCAGGCAGAAUCAAAGCAGAGAGAGUCUGGACCAAGCCCAGUCCCGGGCAAGCUGGGCAUCUUCCACGGGGUACUGGGGAGAAGACUCGGAAGGGGACACAGGCACAAUAAAGCGAAGGGGGGGUAAGGACGUCUCCAUGGACGCCGACAGCAGCAGCAGCAUGCCAGCCGUGACCACGGAGGACACCAAGCCCGCCGCCGGGGUGGCCCACAUAGCCGUGACGCCUGGCGCUGCCAAAGGGCUCAUUGCGCGGAAGGAGGGCCGGUACCGGGAGCCCCCGCCCACCCCACCGGGCUACGUGGGCAUCCCCAUCACCGACUUCCCCGAGGGGCCGCCGCACCCGGCCCGGAAGCCCCCGGACUACACCGUGGCCCUGCAGCGCUCCCGGAUGCUGGCCCGGCCGCCGGACCCCGCGGCCCCCGCCCCGCAGCCGCCCGCGCCCCAUGGUGGUGGCCGGCCCGCCCCCCGGCCGCAGUGGCACCGGCCUGGCGACGGGGACCUGCGCCUCGGCCCGCAUGCGGGCCCGGGCUUCUCCGCUGAGGAGGACGAAGAUGAGCAAGUGUCUGCUGUUUGAGGCUCGGGCGUCUCCGGGCCGGAGCCGCCGCCCGAAGGGGAGGGCAGGAAGACGCCCCGGCGUCGCGGCCGUGGGACUCACACUCCGAGGACGGUGGACCAGUUUGCCUCCUUCCCUGCCUUAAAAGCAGCAUGGGGCUUCUUCCCCCCUCGUACUGUCCCCUUUGCAUGUGAAAUACUGUGAAGAAACCGCCCUGGCACUUUUCCGACUUUGUUGCUUGAAUGCACAGCGCCGCGGUCUCCGAGCUCCCGCCUGCCGCGCCCCACAGACUCCGACAUCCCGACUCCGAGAGCGUCUCCGCGCCGGAAGGAUCUGGAGCGUCUUCCUCUCAGAUUUCAAUCCAGUCCUAGCACGUGGUUGCAUUGGCAUCAUGAGAACGGCGAGCCACCGGACACUGAGGGCCUUUAACCCUCCAAGGAAGACAGAGACACAGUGACAUCCUUUGAGAACUAUGCUCGUCCACUUGUUUACAAUGUCCUCUUUUUUUUUUUUUUUAAUGAGUUUAAAGAUUAUGUUCAGAGAGUAAAUGUUAUAUCCAUCUGAUUACAGUAUUAUUUUGAACCUUUAAGUAGGGUUGCCAGCCCAGGCGGGUGACUAAAAAAACCAAAUAUGCCUGGCAGGGUGUGGUCCCCACCCCAACCCCCAGAGCAAGGAAGACCCAGCCUACAGCCCAUCUUCCUGGGUCCCAGUGGCUGUGCCCGGCAAGUGCCCUGUCCUUGAAGCAGGAGGUGUUAGCCAGUCCCUUAGAUCCCGGGGUCCGGUCCACCCCUUCCCCAGCAGCCGGGGCCCACCUGCCGGCACACUGUUUGCACAUGGCCCGGGGAGGGAGCUGGGACUCCGUUGUCCCGUGUCUGAGCCUUACGGAGCACAGGGCGGUGUCACUUGAGGACGCAUCCUGUGCCAUCGAGAGGGACGGCCAACCCCACGUCUUUUAAAUUAUGUUCCUUUGCUUUCUGUUGACUUAGUUUUAGGGACUCUUUUGUUUGUUUCUAAAGAGAAACGUUGAUAACUGGAGAGCACGGCAGUGAAAGCGGCUGGGAUGCCGUGCGGACACCAGCUGUCAACGCUGCUCUUAGGGGACGGCCUCCCGGUUCGGAAUGGACGCCUUUAACAAGAGAAAGAUCAGAAGCUCAAACGCCUGGUAAGAUACACCAGCCUUCGCGAGGUGGGUUAGUCACCAAAGACUAACCUGUGAGUGGCUUUCUGGACGCUGAGACAGCGAAGGCCUCAGUGGCAGCCGCCCGCUCACAGCUGCUAUUCACCCCACGCCGACGACCGAAGUCACCCCUCCUCUCUAUCUUUUGUUGUUUUUGCACAGACUCCGGAAAAGUGAAGGCUGCCAAUCCGAGUAGUACUCAAAUGUGAGGAACUGCUGGUCUUGGAUUUUUUUUUCCCCAUUAAAUUCAGCUGAUCAUAUUGAUCAGUAGAUAAACGUAAAUAGCUUCCGAUUGUAAAAGUCGAAUUGCAGUGUUUUUUCACUGUAUCCAACACUCGUCAGUGCUUUAUUUAAUAAUUCUCUUCUGUAUCAUGGCAUUCGUCGACCUGCUCACCUGCCACGUCGUCAGUUACGCAUUUGUAAUCUCACGUGUAAUAGGCAUCGCUGGCCACUUUCCUUACGUAGGCUGUGGACCUCAUGUGCAGAUAGAAAGACAGAAACCUGGCUCUUCCACAAGUUGCACAAACGUUACCUAAGCAUCCAGUAAUCGUAGAACCUAGGACUGUAAGCUCAGUUCGCUCCGUGAUGUCAAGUGCAGACUGUACAGUUAACUGGUCACCUCCUCGUACUUUUGAUACUACUUGUCCCUGUAUGUCUUUUAGAAAGACAUUGGUGGAGUCUGUAUCCCUUUUGUAUUUUUAAUACAAUAAUUGUACAUAUUGGUUAUAUUUUUGUUGAAAAUGGUAGAAAUGUACUAUGUUUAUGCUUUUACAUCCAGUUUGUACAAGCUGGAAAAUAAAUAAAUAUAACAUAAAACCUUGCCUA